GCCAGCAUGCAGCAGCCGCCCCCACCCAGGCCCCUGGCCCCUGCGGCCGAGCCAACCAAGCCUCCUUACAGCUACAUCGCCCUGAUCGCCAUGGCCAUCCAGAACUCUCCGGGGCAGCGGGCCACACUCAGCGGCAUCUACCGCUACAUCAUGGGCCGCUUCGCCUUCUACCGCCACAACCGGCCGGGAUGGCAGAACAGUAUCCGCCACAACCUGUCACUCAACGAGUGCUUUGUCAAGGUGCCCCGCGAUGACCGCAAGCCAGGCAAGGGCAGCUACUGGACCCUGGACCCCGACUGCCAUGACAUGUUCGAGCAUGGCAGCUUCCUGCGCCGCCGCCGGCGCUUCACCCGACGGGCCGGUGCCGAGGGCGCCAAGGGCCCCACCAAAGCGCGCCGUGGACCCCUCCGAGCCACCAGCCAGGAUCCAGGAGCCCCCGACAUCGCAGCUAGCAGACAGUGCCCGUUCCCGCCGGAGCCACUGGAACCCAAGGGCCUAAGCUAUGGGGGUCUGGUGGGGGCCUUGCCGGCCAGCAUGUGCCCGGCCACCACCGAUACCAGGCCUCAGACACCCUCAGAGGCCAAGGAGAUGCCCACGCCCAAGGCUGCAGGCCCCGGGGAGCUCCCUGUGGCUACCUCGUCUUCCUCGUGCCCUGCAUUUGGCUUUCCCACCAGCUUCCCUGAGGCUGAGGGGUUUAGCAAGGCCCCUGCACCCAUCUUGACCCCCGAGGCCACCAUCGGGAGCAGCUACCAGUGCCGGCUGCAGGCGCUGAAUUUCUGCAUGGGGACUGACCCGGGACUCGAGCACCUCUUGGCCUCAGCAGCCCCCUCCCCUGCACCACCCACCCCACCAGCCUCCCUCCGGGCCCCGCUGCCCCUGCCAGCUGACCCCAAGGAACCCUGGGUUGCAGGCAGCUUCCCUGUCCAGGGAAGCUCCAGCUACCCAUUGGGGCUGACCUCCUGCCUGUACCGGACGCCAGGAAUGUUCUUCUUUGAGUGAAGGCCAGCCGGCCUCAGGCCGUCCCUGCAUAGCCCCUGCCAACUACGCCCUCCAGGUUGAGCCUGACUCUGGGAUCUGGGGAGCUCUCAAAGGACGCGGGCCUGGCAAGCCCACGACAGCUGGGACAGGAAGCCAAGACUGCAGCGGUGAACACUCAGCCAGCCCUAGGGCCUCUGGACAGACUUGGGGGUGAGGGGAAGCAGGGCCCCCUGGGGAUUUACUCUGUGGCUCUCAGGGCCAAUAAAACCAGUGUGAU